GAGGAAGAGAGAGAGCGAGAGAGCGAGAGCGAGAGUGGGAAUGAGAGAGAGUAAAUAGGACUAAAUAUUUAAGACGACAGAGAGAUCACGUUCUCACUCUAGAAACCAGUCCCCCUCGCCCAGACGCUCACCCUCUAUCAUCACAGUUAAUUCACUCGUUAAUUGUAAGCAUCGAUGUAUUGCAGUGCUUAAAUUUAUAUGUUUACAUAUAUGUGUAACUUUCGUGUCAUUCGUUGAAAUCGAAAAGUGAUCAGUGGAACUGAUCACAAACACCAAUAUGGCGUCUGGCCAGACUAUGACUGCGAGCACUUUGUUUGUAGGGCCGGCGGUAUGUGUCAACGGUCCCUCCUCUACGGACGACAGGACUCAGAAAAACGCUCUUACAGCUAGUGCCAUAUUCUCAUCUUUUCCACAAACUCGAACUAUCAAGAUGAAGGCUAGUGGCUUGUCCACUUCGACCUCUCAGAGUGGUGUUGAGGCAAACGAUAGCCUCAAAUCGGCAGCAGUUCCGCACAAGUUGCACCCUGCCUUUCCUACAAAUGGUCCACCUUCUUUUGCAUCUACGUCUGUUCCGCAGUCAGAGGCUAGUGGAUUUUUCUCAUCGGUAUCUCACAACAAUGUAGCCUCUAACAGCGUGCAAUCGACUAAUAUGGCCCUAUUAAGGUCACCUAGUGAGGCGAGUACAACUGCGCAGCCCAACAAUCAAACGAACAUGGGGCCACACAUGUCAUCGCACCCUUCAUCGCACCCUGCCUUGCCAACUGACCCGCCUGCUAUUGCAACGGAUGCUAGUAGCUUGUUCACUCCGGCUUCUCAAAACAAUAUGGGAGCGGAUAGCCUGCUGUCCGUACACAUGGCCCCUACACAACAACCCAAUGCAGUGGAAGAUUCCCACCAGGCGUUCGCCUUGGGCACACCACAGAUGGCAUAUGCUUCGCCAGUAGGUACCCUCCCCCAACUCGCAGCUGCGGAUGUGUAUCCAGGGAAUGGCCCACCUGCUAUUGCAACUGCGUCUGUUCCAGUAACGGAGGCUCGUGGCAUAGUCGCUCCAAUAUUUCCAAACAAUAUUGCAGCGGAUAGCCUGCAGGCCCCCAAUAUGGCCCCAGCACAUCCACCGAGUGCAGCGGAUGAUUCCUACAAGGCGAGCGCCUUGGGAAUCCCACAUAUGCCGUUUAUUUCGCCAGGAGAGGUCCCCCCACGACUCCCGGCUGCGGGGGUGUAUCCAGGGAAUGGCUCACCUGCUUUUGCCACUGCCUCUGUUCCAGUGACGGCUCAAAGCAAAUUCGAACCAACAUUUCCAAAUAAUAUGGCAGCGGAUAGUCUGCUGUCGACGAACAAAGCCCCAGCUCAUCCACCCAGUGCAGCUGAUGAUUCCUACCAGGCGAUUGCCCUGGGAACACCACAAACGGCGUUUGCAUCGCCAGCAUGUGCGCCACCGCAAUUAGCCGCGAGUAUGUAUCCAGGAACUGGUCCACCUCCAUUUGUAGCUGCAGGGGUGAACCCGGGUGGCGGCCCAUCUGCCGUUCCAUUUGCGGCUGUUCCAGGACCCAAUGCUACUUCGUUCAUAUCCACCGGGCCAGACUUUGUGCCCACGAAAAAACAAGAUUCACCACUAAGGAACAGGCCGCCGAUGCCUUUUGUCUCAUUUGGAUUUGCCGGAAAAGUUAUCCAUGUGUCUCAUACUGUCGACCAAUACGGCAAACCGAGCCCCAAGGUGGUCGUCAAUAAUUUGACGAAGAUGCUCAAAGGUUCACCGUACCUUAAGCAGUUCGAAACACACCCCGGGCCGCUGAAUAAAUGCAGUCUUGACUCUGUUAAGGAUAUGAUUAACCAGCGUAUCGACGAUGACGAGGAAGACCGCGAUUUGUGGGCCUACUGCGAGGUUGCCACUCACCAGGGCGGGUUCAUCAGGAGUCAAAAUCUUGGGGAUAAAAAUAUCUCCAAGUACCUGAACUUAUUGCCAGAUAAUGUUGACGAUGGCUCUACCGACCAAACAGUGCCUAACAAUGCCAAUAUGCCCUGCGUUGAUUAUCAGAUUGAAGAGUGCCUUCUCAAAAGUAAUGUGGUCGAGGCUGUCGCAAUUGCAGUGCAAAAUCGACAAUGGAUGCACGCACUGGUCUUGUCCUCACGAAUGAGCAAGGAUAUGUUUUUCAAGACGCUCGGCGACUAUGCAACCGCAGAGAUGAUCCCGACCACCGCACUGUGCUCUCUCUACAACAUGUACAGCCAGAAGCCCCUUGCAUUUCUAGAGACAGGCAAUUUGGACAACUGGGGUUUGCAUGUGCGCAUGCUCAUGACUAACUCGAUUGGCCCGGAGGCGAAUGUCCCGGUAGGCUUAAUUGGGGAUGCCUUAAGACAAGAUGGACGACCCCUGCAGUAUAGUAAGCGAAUGGCGUUACUGGGAGGAGACCCUACGGUAAACUUGCGUAGUUUCAUAAGCGUGCGGCAUAUCCAGCUGUCAGAAACAUAUGAAUACAUCUGCACACUGACAAACUCGCAGUUCGCGUUACGGGACUUGGCUUGGUUCAAAUAUAUUUACGUGAACUGGUUGAUUGAGGUGGGACUCAUGGAUCAAGCUUUAGAAUAUUGCAAUUCAAUGCUUGAAAACGCGAGGAAUAGUGUGUACCCUAAACAGUUCACUAUGCUGUUGCAGGAAAUGCACGAUCGGAUCAAGGUAUAUGAUCCUACUCUAGGAUCGUAUACUGCUACCAGAGCACUCGGGAAGUUGAUUGGCGGUGUGGGUUCAGCGCUUGCAUCAUUUAUCAAGAAAGCCCCAUCGGCCGAGUCACGUAAACAUGCGCGGAGCAAGUCGUUGCGUCUUUCCAGACGCGGCAGCGAUGCGUCAGGUGCAAGCCAUAAAGCGGCUCCUAAUCGCGGCCCACGUACCCGCAAUCUCAGUCAAGGAAGCGGGGGUAGCGUGCUCAAUGGCGGCCCACAGACACAAGCACAAACACAAUUUCAACCACAUGCACAAACGCAAUAUCAACCAUCUUCUCAAACGCAUUACCCUCUGUCGCAGUAUCAACCACAAUCACAGUCACAAUAUCAACCACAGCCACAGUAUGAACAACAGACACAGUCACAGUAUGAACAACAGCCACGGUCACAGUAUGAAAAGCAGCCACAAAUGCAGUAUCAACAACAGCCACAGUCACAGUAUCAACAACAGCCACAGUCACAGCAUCAGCAACAGCCACAGUCACAGUAUCAGCCACAGCCACAGUAUCAGCAAAAGCCACAGUCACAGUAUCAACCACAAUCACAGUAUCAACCGCAAUCACAGCUGCAGUAUUCACUAGCACAGUCGCAAUCUCAAGCACAGGCACAAUCGCAGGACACACAGGCACACCCGCAGAACUCGGAGACACAAUCGCAAUUUUCACCACAAGCACAGGCACAAUAUCAACCAGUUGCACAGCUGUUCUUUCAACAACAUGCGCAACCACAAGGUAAAUCACAGCCGCAGUCGCAAGGUCUACUAAGUGCUCAGCUACUAUUCCAGCAACAUGCACAACCGCAAACGCAAGCACCGCCAGAUGCGCAGCCCAAAGAUUCACUUCAAAUGCAGUCACAAGAUCUACCCACUACGCAGCUUCUAUUCCAGCAAUCUGCACAGAUGCGGGAGGAGCCUCCUCCAACGAAGUCACAAGACCUGCCUCAAACUCCGAACACGCAAAUGCUAUUCCAAGCACCUGUACAACAAGAAAAACAUCAAGCGCGUGCAGAAAAUGCACCCCAGAUCCAACCGGAGCCCCCGGGUGAGGACUUGGCGGUUGAGACGAACUCCGAGCAGUGUGGCGAUGCGCCUGUGUUUGAUGUGUCAACACGAAAUAUGACAACAUAUGCGAAACACUUUGGGCAUACAACGCCGCGGGACUCGCCAGCUUAUUCGUUUGCACCAGAACCAUGGUUGCAAUACGAUGACUCCGACGGCUACGACUAUUGUGGACUUGGGAGUGAGACACCGGAACCGGAGAGGUCUUCGAGGCACAGGAGUGCAUCCGUGGAUGAGGAGUAUAAGUUCUCACUGGAUGAUUUCCUUGACCCCAAAUUGAAAGAUACUUUCUCCAAAUUGGAAGAGCUCUGCCAGGAAACUUUGAAGAACAAACGUCAUGUACCUGCAUGUAUGGGAACCAGUGUACAAAGGCACGACAGUCGUGGAAGUCUUGCGAGUCUGGGAAGCCUGGGGAAUCUGAUAAACCUGAUGCCGCGUAAGGGUAGCAAAAGUAGUCCUCAGAUUGGCAUGAAGGACCCGAACACGCCAAGGCAGCCGGUGCCCUCAUUCAAUGUGGAAACGGCCUCCCCCUUACCGUCCACACCAGCCCAAGAGAUCAAGCCCUGGUCCAAUUUGUUGCCGUCCACACCAGGCCAGGAGACUAAAUUCUGGUCCAAUAUGGUUAGUCCUUUACACUCCACACCAGCCCAGAACACCAAGCCUUGGUCCAAUUUGCUGCCGUCCACACCAUGCCAGGAGACUAAACUCUGGUCCAAUGUGGCUAGUCCUUUACACUCCACACCAGCCCAGAAAACCAAGCCUUGGUCCAAUGUGGAGCCGGACAGUCUUUCGCCCUCCACCCCAGUGUCUAGACACGCCUCUAAGCCCGAGCAAGCGAAGGAGCCGGAGCACCUAUCUUCCAAUACGGCGCUUCAAAACGCCGAAAAGUCGGAAGAACCGCCACCGCCUAAAAAAGUGGGAUGGUUCACAACCCUGUGGAAGCGCGUACCAAAGCUGCCUGCGCGUGGUCAUACUGGUGAGGAAUUAAGCAUGUACUUCGACAAGGACAAGGACAAAUGGAUCAAUCCGGUAAGUUGA